AUGGGAAAAGGGAAAUAAAAAGUAGAAUCAUCUGAAGAGGAAGAAGUAAGUGAUUAUUAGAAAGAUGGUUUUGUAGUUGAUUCUGAUGAAGAUAUUGAUGAGGAAGGAUAAGAAGUGUAAGUAUAAUGUAAAUAGUUAAAGGGCUGAUGAAUCAUAUGAUGCAGAAUUAUCAGAUGAUGAUAUAAUGUUAAUAAAUGAGAAUUAAAGGGAAUCAAAAUUAGGAAGAUUAUAGAGAAUAUAAAACGAUGAUGAGGAAGUGGAAUAGGAAGAGGAACAAGGAGAUCAACAGUAAGAGGCUUUUUCAGUAGAGGGAAUAGAUGAAAAUGAAUAGAAUGAAUUAAUAAAUAAAUUGUUUGAUCCUAGUUAGAGAGAGUUGGCAUUUUUGAAUUAAAUUGAUGAAGAGAUAUUAAAAUAAGAUGUGCCAGAAUCAAUAUAAUUAUCAUAUAUGAAAAUGACAAAUGGAUAAAUAUUAUAGAAUGCAAGAGAGGAAGCAUCAGAAUAAUAAUUGAAAUGGAUAGGAGAGAGAAUGUAUUCAUAGUUUGAUUUAAAAAACUUACCAGAUAUUUUGGUUGGAAUUAAACUGAUUUUAGAUUUUUAUAGAAAGGAGAAUUUAGACAUAAUGUAUAUAUAUACAUAUAAACGCCAUUUAAUAACAUAAGCAUUUUAAUUAGAACAUUACUGGAAAAUCAGAGAACUGGAUUAUGAAUGGGAAAAUUUUAGUAAUUUUAAGAAUAGAAUAUCUAAAUUAAUAGAUCAAAUAUCUGGAGAUUAUUAAAUAUAAAAAGAUACAGCUAAUAUUUACUUAUAGAAAGCAAAAGAGAUUGAAGAAUUAUAGGAUUUAAAAGAUUACAUAGAUUAUAUAAUGUUGAAAGAUAAUUGCAAAAAAAGAGUGUUUUUAGAAUAGGAAUUAUUGAGAGAGAAUUAGAAAUUACAAUAGAGAAUGAAUUCUGGUUAAUCAAUAGAGUAGGAAUAAGAAUUAUUGAAUAUAAAGAUUAAUAAUAUGUAGUAAGAAUUAUAGAAUUUAAGUUUGAAUACAAGGAAGAAACCUCAUUCAAAAGAGAAGGCAAUUUUGGAAUAUAUUAGAUAGAAAGUAGAUGAAACAGCAUUGAAAUUUUGUUACACAUCAGAUGAAUUCUUUAUUAAAUUAUAAGGAAGGAGUGUUUAAUUGGAUAGAAAGAUUAUUUAAGAUAAAGAAGAGUUAUUGAAUCACUAAUAAGAUAAUUCAGAAUCUAAAUUUUAUAAUUCUAGUACUGAAUAUAUCAAGUUAUUAUAAAAAUAUUUGAUGAUGGAAUUGUAUCAUCAUCCAUUUAUCAGAAACUUUAUUAGUCAAAUUUAUAGAGAACAUCUCCUUAUAUCUACUGAACCAACUUAAUUAGGUAAUAGGGAAAUUACUGCUGUAAGUUAUUUCUAUCCUGUUAAAAGAAUUAAAUAUAGAUAAUAUAAAUAUAUGGAAGAUUAAACUUGGAUGUAAUGUCUUAGAGCAGAAUAAUUAGGAUAUAUUUAAAUUAAUUUUACUAUUUCUAAAGAGAAAGAUCAUAAAAAAGAGAAAUUCCCAAGAGAUGAUAUUAUGGUAUUGUUAUAUGAUAAAUUUGUUAAAAUUGAUGAUAAAGAACCAGAAAGUAUUAUGAGAAUUAGAGAUCUCAUUCUUAGAGGUAUCUUAUAAGAAAUAUGGUAUCCUAUUCUAGAAGGAUAAAUUAAAUAUAAAUUAUAAUUAGUCUCUUCUAAACAUAUUAUUAAAAUGUGUUAAUAGAAAUUUAAAUAACUAAUUAAUAAAUAACCUCAUAAUAAUGAAGUUGCAAAUAAUUAAUAAAUCUAAUCAACUAAUAAUCCAGAUGUUAAAAUUAUGUCCCUUGUUAUUGGUUUAGAAUAAACUGAUGUUAAAGUACUUAAAGCUUAUUCUCAAGAUUGUUCAAUCUAAAAAAAAUAUAUUGGAAUGUCAAUUAUUGAUUAUAAAGGAGAAUAAUAAACUUUAUAAAUAUUUAAUUAUUUAGCAUAAGAUGAAAGAAGAUCUGAUAUGAUAGAAUAAAUUAGAAAAGAAUAAGCAUUACUUGAUAAUUUCUUUGAAAAAUAUAAACCAGAUCUUGUUGUUAUAUCAGCAAAUCAUUCUGAUUGUUUAAGAUUAAGAGUUGAUUUACGUAAAAAAUAUUAAUAAACAUCAUCUGUUUGGAUAACAUUAGCAGAUUCAUAAAUCUCUAGAAUUUACAGUAUGAGUGAAAAGAGUAAUUCUUAAUUACCAGAUAUUCCGCCCAUACUUAAGGAAGCUAUAUCUUUAGCAAGAUAUAAACUUAAUCCAAUGGCUGAAGUUCUUAAUUUGUGGAGUGAUUCUAUUGAUAAAAAUGGAUGUUUACAUUUAAAUUUACAUCCUUUAUAAUCAAUGGUGAGUUAAUAGUCUUUAUUAGAUGCACUUAAAUAGACCGCUACUGAAAUUGUAAAUUAAGUUGGAGUUGAUUUAGUUGAUUGUGCUUUGCAUAAACAUUUAGCAGAUCAAAUUUAAUUUGUUAAUGGCCUUGGAAGAAGAUAAGCAUAACAUUUAUUGAGUAUGGUUAAAGGUUUAUUGAGUAAGAGUUUAUUUAAUAAUAAUUACGAAGAUGAAAGACUCAUUUAUUAAAAAUUAGAAUAAGAUUAAAAGGAAUAUAUUUAAAUCUAAAGAUAGGAUAUUCUUAAGACUUAGAUUCUUAAAAAAGUAGUAUUUAAAAAUGUUUAAGGAUUUAUUAAAAUAUAGAGAGGUAUUCAACCUUUGGAUAUAACAAGAUUAUAAAUUAAAAUGUAUUCAGAUGCUGUUCAUAUAGCUAAAUGUGCAUUAGAAGUUGGUGGAAGAGAUGAUAAAUAAAAUACUAUUGUAAGAUAAUUAAUGAGUUAACCUUAAAAAAUGGAAGAUCUUCAAUUAGAAGAUUGGGCUAAAUAAAGAGAAUAAAAAGAUGGAACUGAAAAAUUCACUUUAGUAGCUUAAUUUAUGAAAGAAGAAUUAACAAAUCCCUUUUUAUAUAAAUUUGAUACUGCCAACAAAGAAAUGAGUAAUUCUGAAAUAUUUUAUGCUAUAACUUAAGAAUCACCAUAUACAUUCCGUAAGAAUAGUAUAGUUUAAGGUUAAAUAACUAAAAAACUUGAAAGUAAAGAUAAGAGUAAGGACAGUGAUAAAUUGUUAAUAAAACUUUCAGAUAAUGGUUUAUGUGGUACUCUUCGAAAAGAAGAUAUGUUAUAAUAAGAAUUUGGUAUUGGAUAAAUUAUUAAAGCAUUUGUAAAAAGAAUACCUGCAACAGAAAAUAAUAAUAAAAAUGAGAGUAUAAAUAUACUAAUAAUUGAAUUAUCCUUAAAAGCGGAUUGGCAAAGAUGGGAUUAAGAAUAUCUUAAACCACCUAAAUAUGAUCCUUGGCCUUAUACAAAUAUUUGUUAUGAUGAUUAUUGUAACAAAGUUAUAUAAACAUUUGAUUAAAGUAAAUUUAAAGAAUUUGAUUAAUCUACUAUACCGUUAGAUUAAAUGCCAAAUAAAUAAAAACAAUAAUAAAAAUUAAUUCUUAGAAAUAUUAAUCAUCCUAAGUUUAAAUAAGUAUUACUUAAAGGUGCUCUCGAAUAUAUUGAAAGUUAACCUAUUGGAGAAUAUAUUAUUAGACCUAAUCAAAGACUUAGAGAUCAUUUAACUAUUACCUGGAAAUUCCAUGAAGGUGUUAUUGCUCAUCUCUAUGUUUAAGAAUUGAAAUCUGCUUAAAGUUAUAGACCUUAACUUGUUUUGAAUGGCAAAACUUAUGAAUCUUUUGAUGAAAUCUAUGAAAACUAUAUUACACCUUGUAAUCUACAUAUGGAAGCUGUUGUUAAUAAUAAAAAAUUCUAUAAUUUUAAAAUGGAUUAAUUAGAAAAAAAACUUAGAGAAGACAAAGAAAGAGAUGAAGAAAUUAUACCUUAUGGAUUUUGUGUUACUGAUAAAGCACCAUAAUAUAUUGUACUUAUGUACAUGAAAUAAAAACAUAAAGUUGAAAAAGAAUAUAUCAAAGUUAAACCUGAAGGUCUUAGUUUUCAUUCUGUUAUGUAAAAUAAUCUCAAAGAUUUAAUCUUAUGGUUUAAAAAAAACUUUAGAACAUAAGAAUAUAAAGAUUAUGUUAAAAGAACUAAACCACCAAUUCCAGAGGCUAAUGAUAGAAUAAAACAAUUAAAUUACUAAUGGGAAGUCAAAAAAGAAAAAACUAAAGAAGAAAAAGUCAAAAAUGAAGAUUCUUCCUGUAAUUUAUAUUUCUUAUUAUUAUUUUUUUAGAUAAUAUUAAUUGUUCCAAAUGUAAUAAGCGUGGACAUAAUGCAAAUGAAUGUAAAUAAACUAGAGACUAAUCCAGAACAACAGGAAGAGACUCUAAAAGUAAAUUUUAAUUCUAUUAAUUUUCUUAGUGGAAUGUCAUAAUUGUUAAUAAAAUGGACAUAUCAAAAAAUUUUGCCCUAAAUUAAUUAAUUCUAGAAGAGAUAGAAGUAAUAGUAGGGAUAGAGAAAAAAUUUCUACUAAAAAGAAUCAGCUCCAAACUAAAAUUGAAGACAAACAACAAAUGGAUUGGUGA